AGUAAAGGGAAAUGGAGUUGGAUGUUGUGUGUUCACUGCUGAAAAGGUACAAGAACAUGGAUGAGCUUCAAACCAUGAUUGAUGAACUAUGGCAAUUGAUCGCAAUAUAAGCUUUGAAUUGGAAAACACAAAUCCUAACAGAGUCAUCAUCAAAUUAUUCAAAUUCAGUUCAGAAUGAUUUAUGGUAGUGAUCAUGCAAGAGCAGCAUCAACAACAACAGCAGCAGCAGCAGAAUCCCAAUCCCUCUGCACUGUUGCCACAACUCACCACCAAUCAAAAUUCCUCAUCAAUCGCCACUUCCCUUAGGUCACCCACCUCCACCACCGCUACCGCCGCCGCCCAAUCCCAACUUUACUCGCCUCUUCAUAUCACUUCCCACCGCCAACCCCUACUUCCGGCGCCAGUCGCAGCUGUUCUCCCGUCAGGGGAGCCGGUUUCGACGGCGCCGGUGAAUUUCCAGCUGGCAAGAGUCCGGCUGUCGGACAUUGCUCCUUAUGACGGUGCGCCGGCGGGGCCAUAUGCGAGGGCAGUGGAAAUGCUGUGUUCGUCUUUGUUGAAGUACAAUGCGGCGGUGAUUGAAUUAGGGAGUGAAGAUACUGCUUUGAUGCGUUGUGGGUUGGAAGGUGCUAGAUUGUUCUUUAGGAGUAGAGCACAUCUUGGUGUUGGGAAGGGAAGCCGUGGGGUUUACAUGUAUAGGGCAGGAAGGGCUUUGGAGGAUUGUGAUUCAUCUCCUCCUUGCAUGGCUGAUAUUUUUAGGUGCAUGGGAAAGGCUUCUCGUGCAGCUUUGUCGGCCAUUGCAAGGCAUCUGCGCCUCAGAAGCGAUGUUUUUAACCAACUGCUUGAUGAUGCUCCAUUACCUGCUAACGAGGUGUCUGCUUCUGUUCUUGUUGGGACCUACUCACAUGCUUCUUUGCAAAACGGAAAAGGUGCCAUUGGAGGUGGUAAGCCUACCGUGAAUGGUGAAGUUGAGAAGGGCUUGUUGACACUGAUAUCUUCUGACACUCCUGGUCUUCAGGUAUGUGACCCCAAUGGCCGCUGGUAUCUGGCAGACAGCGGGUCUGGGCCUGGAGAUCUUUUACUGAUAACAGGCCAGGCUCUUAGCCAUGCCACUGCAGGCCUACAUCCAGCCGCAUCAUAUAGAGCUUCUCCAGAUUGUUUUAUGAGUCCUAAUAGUGGAGGAAGGACUUCACUUGCAUAUAGACUCAUGCCACAGGGCAAUGCUAUAUUGGAUUGUUCUCCAAUUGCAGCAGCUGGUCAUGUUAUUCCUCAAAGAUAUGUUCCAAUAUCUGUAAGCCAAUUUAUGGAUGACCUUGCUGCUGAAGAAUUGAUUGGCAGCAGAUGUGACAAUGACGAUGUUGCUCAAAGAAAUGUGAAUAAGGACCCAUCAUUAAGAAGUGUUCUAUCAGAUCCUUUGUCUGGCUCGUUCCUGGAAGAUGCAAUGCUUGUCUCAUGUGGACACUCUUUUGGUGGUCUCACACUGAGGAGAGUCAUUGAAACAUCAAGGUGCACCCUCUGCAAUGUUGAUAUUGACCCCAGUUCUCUGAUCCCAAAUCACGCUCUUAGAGCUGCAGCAGCUGCUGUCAAGCAUGAGGAUGAUCGAAGGUUAUUUCGUAAUGCUGCUCUUCGAAAGCGGCGGAAAGAAAUGGGUGAACCAAUGGAUCCAAUCAGAAGAGUGAACAGGGAAAAUGGAGAUUUUACUUCACCUGAUGGACUCCAGCGGGGAGUACAAUAUCCAUUUUCAGUAAAUGAGAAAGUUAUUAUUAAGGGUAACAGGAGAACACCCGAAAAAUUUGUUGGGAAAGAAGCUGUCAUUACAUCUCAGUGUCUCAAUGGCUGGUAUUUACUCAAGAUUAUUGGAUCUGGAGAGAACGUCCGCCUGCAGUAUCGUUCUCUCAGAAAGCUCUUAAACUCACCAACCAUGGAGGACCAGGUUCAGUUGCAACCAGUUCAAAAUAGCAGCUCUUAAAAGUAGAUUCAAUUCAGGUUUCCUUCUUUCAUUUUUAGACGAGGAGAGAAAAGGAAACCUUUGUAGUCUUGAUCCUUCCAAGCAAAGAGUUAUAUUUGAUUUUAUAUAGAAUUAAGUUAACUGAUCCGGCUCCUUAUAGCACGUGAUAGAGGUUUAUGUAACUAGCGAAUGUAUCCAAGAGGUGUUAGCUUAUAUUUAUUGUAAAGAAAACAGAAAAAGAUAUUAAAUAACAUGUAAAUUAUAGCUUGCAAUUCUUACAACUACGCAGUUUUGUAGAAUGUGUUGUAUAAUUGUGAACUGUCAAUAGUAAAUAUUGACUUGAAGGGAAUGUAUUUCACAAAUUUAUGAAAAA